AUGCAGUUCACAAAGUCCCUCCUGCUGCUGGCAGCCCUCACCACUGGUUCCCUUGCACACCGCGUGCACGGCCACGCAAGACGCCAGUCACCCUCCGCCACUAUGUCUGCCGUUCCCUCCUCCUCUGGCUCUGCUUCCGGUGGAUCUUGGACCGCCACACCUGCUAGCGGAUCCUACUCGACUGCUGGAUUUGGCGCUUCCACUGCCAACAGCGGUUCUGGUAACACCUACGCAGGCAAUGUCGGCAACCCCUGGGGUAGCAAUAUCAUCGAGGUGUCCGAGAGCGACGCCUCGAACUACAAGUACGUCGCCGCCAUCUCGGGCCAGAACACCGAGCCGUGGACGGUUGUCUUCUGGAACAAGUACGGCCCCGACGGCAAGAUGGACGGCUGGUACGGCAACUCCGCCGUGACCUUCACCCUCAACGCCGGCGAGACCAACCUUCCCACCGACUCCGACGGCGGCUACGCCUGCACCUGGGGUGAAUUCGACUUCGGCAGCAACGGUAACUCGGGCUGGUCCGGCUUCGAUGUCUCCGCUAUCAUGGCCCAGAACGCUGGUCUCACUGUCCAGGGUAUGAAGAUGUGUGACGUCCUCAGUGGUACCUGCUCUUCUAUCACUACUGAUGCCGCAUCGGUGGACAAUGCUUAUACCUCCGCCGAGACUGAUAUUGGUGGUAUCGGUGGUAACAUCUCUGGCGACGGCGCGGUCCGUAUCGCUGUUACUAUCGACUACAGCGGCUAG